AUGAGCCAGCUCAGCAGGGACAUGAGCAAGCUCGACAGGGGCGUGAGCAAGCUCAGCAGGAACAUGAGCGAGCUCGACAGGGGCGUGAGCAAGCUCAGCAGGAACAUGAGCGAGCUCGACAGGGGCAUCAGCCAGCUUGGCAGCGGCGUGAGCAAGCUCGACAGGGGCAUCAGCCAGCUCAGCAGCGGCGUGAGCGAGCUCGGCAGGGGCGUGGGCCAGCUUGGCAGCGGCAUGAGCGAGACAGAGGCGCUGCUCGGCUACCUGGUUGAGGAUUCGCUGCGCGGCAAGGCGGCCGCCGUGGUGGGGCCCGCCUAUGUCGAGCCGCUGGUCGCGCGGUCCCUUGUGGACCUGGCGCGGAUGUGGCCGCCCGGGUACGCCGCCAAGGCGGCGCCGGGGCGGGCGCGGCGGCCGCCGCGCGACCCGCUCCUGCGCACUGGGCACCUCGCGGCGUCCUUCGCUUCCGCCCUGGCCGACGCCCGCGUCCCGCUCAGGCUGCUGCUCGGCCUGCGGCCGCAGGCCAUGUGCGACGACGCCAGCGCCCCCGCCUGGGUCGACGAGCGCGGCCAGCUGUGCGUGGCGGCCGUAGGCGACUCCAUCGGCCGCGUGCAGGAGGAGGCCCUGCAGCAGCUGCUGUCCAAGGUCCUGCAGGCCGCCACGCUGAGCGGCGAGGAGCAAGUGGAGGAGCUCCUCAGCCCCGGCGGCGCCGGCGUCGCGUGCGCCGUCGCCGCGGCUUUCCCUGGCGCUUACCUGGCCGACGAGGCCGGCGGCGCGGGCGACGUCGCGGCGCCCUAUCUGCCGCAGCUGCCGCGGUUCCCCCCGGAGGAACUUGAGUUUGAUUUCCGCGGCAGCAUGAAGAUCACGCCCAACGGCGCUUGGUGCGACAUUGGCGAAGCCAAGUUGCGCACCGACUACAGCAGCGCCGUGCAGGAGCUGGGGCUGCGGCUCGGCGUGCUGCGCUGGCUGCUCGUUGCGUGCUGCGGCGUGCCGGAGCGCGGCGUGGACGCGGUCGGGCGGCUGUUUGUUCCGGCGUCUGGCGAGCUCCGGCCCGCCCCCCUGGACGAGAGCGAGGAAGAGGUGGCGCGCAGCGUGUGGCGGUUCAGGCUGCGCAUGGACCCAGUAUAG